AUGCUCUCUCAUUACUCCUCCCUCCAUGUCUCGUCUACGGUACCAAGCACACCAAGAUCUUCCUUCUCCACCUCUAAUAAUAUCCAUCCCCACCUUCAUCCUCUAGCUUUCCCUUCAGGUGUUUGGCUGUAUGGGGCUAAAGACAAAGAAGGUAACUUUCAUACAAGAUGCGGUGCUAUAUCCAAACCUCGCACUCAAGAAUAUGCAGAUUUGUUUCAGCAAAAAAAUGGUCUGCCAUUGAUAAACUGGCCUCACGAUAUUGUGGAGGAUGACGCAGAAGAAGAUGCUGCUAAGGUUUCUGUACCAAAGGAAAUAAACAAGCGUGUCAAGACUAUUAAAGCCAUGCUUGAUAUGAUGGAGGAUGGAGAGAUAAGCAUCUCCGCUUAUGACACCGCAUGGGUUGCUCUUGUGGAAGAUAUUAAUGGAAGUGGUCUUCCUCAAUUUCCAUCUAGCCUUAAGUGGAUUGCCAAGAAUCAGCUUCCAGAUGGCUCCUGGGGUGAUGCUGGAAUAUUUUUGGCGCAUGAUAGGUUGAUCAAUACGCUAGCUUGUGUUGUCGCAUUGAAAUCUUGGAAUUUACACCAAGACAAAUGUGAAAAAGGUUUGUAG